AAGAGCGUAGAAGAAGAAAUAGAGUCUGUUGUGUAGAACGUGGUUUUCACUGUGUGCUAGCUACAUAAUAGCGAGUGAAAGGAAUUCUAACGACUGCUUAUUGAGAAUACCACAGUAAAAGAAGAAGUAGAAUUCUGGGAAAUUCCCGCCUACCAACCCAAACCGCCUGUACUUUGACAAAGUUGGAGACUGGACUUUAAGCCUGAGUCCUCACAGCUUCAUCAUAGUCCAAGUGAGGUGAUGAGAAAGGAUGAGCCGCAGCUCCCCUCUAUUAAAGAGGAAGAGGAGGAGCCACAGCCCACCCACAUUAAAGACGAAGAGGUGGACCCACAGCCCCCUUAUGUUAAAGAGGAAGAAGAAGAACUGUCAUUCAUGCAGGAUGGAGAGCAUCUUCUAGGGCCAGAGGAGGCUGAUCUCGCCAGGUUGCCACUGACUGGUGUCUCUGUGGUGACUGAAGACCAUGAAGACAAACCACCUGAGUCCUCAUCACUUCAUCAUAGUCCAAGUGAGAAGAUGAGGGAGGCAGAGCCACAGCCCCCCUCUGUUAAAGAGGAAGAGGAGGAGCCACAGCCCCCCUAUGUUAAAGAGGAAGAUGAGGAGCCACAGCCCACCCACAUUAAAGACGAAGAGGUGGACCCACAGCCCCCCUAUGUUAAAGAGGAAGAGGAAGAACUCUCAAUCACACAGGAGGGAGAGCAUCUUCUAGGGCCAGAGGAGGCUGAUCUUACCAGGUUGCUACUGACUGGUGUUUCUGUGGUGACCGAAGACAAUGAAAACAAACCACCUGAGUCCUCACAGCUUCAUCAUAUUCCAAGUGAGGAGAUGAGAGAGGAGCAGCCUUCAUGCAGCAGCUCACUGCAACACAUGACAACAGAAGCUGAUGGAGACCACUGUGGAGGAUCACAAGCAGACAACCUCUUAGCUCCACUGUCAGAUAGUGACGACAUAACGUCACACUCUCCUGAAGAUGAAGACAGCAACUUCAAACAAGAAUCUCUGAGCAACCAUACAGACUGUGAAGGUGAUAUGACGACUCACACUGACAACAAACACUCUAAAAGCUCUAAAAAGAAGACAGCUAAACGUUUUAAUUGCUCAGUUUGUGCUAAAACAUUUUCUUGUAAGAGUCAUUUGGCUCGACACAUGAGAACGCACACAGGAGAAAAACCUUUUAGUUGCUCAGACUGUGGUAAACGCUUCCCUGGAAAGACAAACUUGCAAUCACACAUGAGAACACACACAGGCGAAAAACCUUUCAGUUGCACAUAUUGUGGUAAACGCUUCACUCAGAAGACUAGCAUGCAAUUGCACAUGAGAACACACACAGGAGAAAAACCUUUUAUUUGCGCAAACUGUGGUAAACGCUUCACUCGAAAGUCAGACAUGCAAUCACACAUGAGAACACACACAGGUGAAAAACCUUUCAGUUGCUCAGACUGUGGUACAAGCUUCACUCGUAAGUCAGACAUGCAGUCACACAUGAGAACACACACAGGAGAAAAACCUUUUAGUUGCUCAAACUGUGGUACAAGCUUCACUUUAAAGACACACAUGCAAAGACACAUGAAAUUACACACAGGAGAAAAACCUUUUAGUUGCUCAGACUGUGGUAAACGUUUCACUCAAAAGACAAACAUGCAAUUACACAUGAGAACGCACACAGGAGAAAAACCAUUUAGUUGCUCAAAUUGCGGCGACACAUUUUCUUGGAAGUCCUCUUUGAAAAGACACAUGCAGAGUCACUGAUGGUCUACUGUUUGACUCGCCUGACUUCCAUUCAGUCACUGUGUUGUCACUGUGUUGUAAUAUUUUUUGCACGUGUCUUUGUUCAAUAAAUACAUCUUGUUGUAAUUAACAUGCAAAAAAAAAAGACUUGGUGACUGCGGUGGUUUCAUCAUCAUCAUCAACUUUAUUUCAGACACAUGCAUGGUCCUUAGAACAGUAUAUAUAAAAAACACACAAUAAAUAAAAGAUGGCUAUCUCUUGCUAUAUAGAUUAAGGCGCCAGCGUUUCCACAAACUAGAAAAGAACCUGACUGAGCUUUGUACAGUGUUGGUCAGCACACAUAUGAUGCUGUUUACAGAGCAUGUUAGCCUACACAUACAUCUGUACAUGAGGUUCCGUAAACACAGCAGCACAAGUUGGUACAGCAGCCUGAACAAACAGGCUGGCACUAGUCCAGCGGGGCACCUCAUUUGUAGUUAAAGGUGAAAUGUUCACAAAUACUGUAAGUGUAUUGACACAAAUAUUUUUUGCUUUCCAAAAUUUUUUGCCGGAUAUUGUAUUCUGAUUAUAAUCAUGAUAAAGAAAUUACAGGCAAAAUGGCAACAUUAUUCAAUUUUAUUGAAAAUUUCAAUUAAAAUGUAAAGUAUCUCUAUUAAUAUCCGUGAUACUGGCGCUGUACUGACAAAGUAUCGCAUGGAUUGUCUGAUGCUGUAUUUUAUUUUGUACAUUGAAUGCAACACUUUAAAACAUUAAAACAUUGUUUUCCAGGUAUCUGUUCCCGCCUAAAUUGUAUCACGUCUGCUUUGUUUUAGUUUUUACUACUUGGGUAGAUCAGUAGAGGGCACUCUGUGUACACUGCUUGAUUGUUGAGGGUCGUUGCUGGAAGAAAGCAACUGUCUUGUCCUUGUGGCGGGUGAUGUUUGUUUGCUGGAUUCUAUUUUAACUAUUUUGAGCACUGGAAUUGUAAUCAAUGAGAUUUUAAUGCAUUGUCAAUAAAGCUGUUAACGUGAUUUUAACUCAAGUACACGUCUGGGGGUCUGUGAUUGACUUUACAGCGUCCCAAUAAGCAGUGACGUGUGGUGAGGUUGGACAUUUUUUUUUAUCGGUUUUUACUUAAU